AUGUUUAAAUUCAUUGUAAUUUGCGCCGUUGUUGCUGUAGCUGCUGCCAAACCAAGUCAUCUGGCUUACGGCGAACAUUUGACAUAUGCCGCACCAAUCGUUGAAAAAUAUGUUGAACCAAUUGUAGAAAGAAUAGUUGUCCAACCAAAACCAAUUGUAGAAAAGACCGUCAUCCAACCAGCCUCUGAAAGCCACGUCUACAGAAAAGACAUCAUUGGUAAACCAGUAGUAUCAAUCCACUCAACUCCAGUUGUAGCACCAUCUCCAAUCGUCAGUGCCGCUCCAAUUGUACACUCUGCACCAAUAAUACGCUCUGCACCAAUUGUACACUCUGCUCCACUUUUGCACUCUGCCCCAUUCUUACAAUCUUCCUCCCUUUACUCUGCCCCAUUCGCUGGAUAUGGUUAUGGAUAUGGAUACAAUACUCCAUUGACCUAUUCUUCCGGUCGGUAUUUUUUUUAA